AUGAAUACUUUGGCACUUUUGGCUGUUGGUGUUGCCGUCGUGUUUGCCGCCCCGAAAUCGGCUAUUCCCGGGGUUCCAGCAUCUGUCAACGACGCUGACUACGUGGCAGCUGUCUAUGGAUAUGAGGCACCAUCACCUCUGUUCAAAAAUGCUCCACUCCUCCAAUCGAAGCGACACAUUUCUCCGUCUUACGAUGUUGAAAUCGAUGCUGGAAAUAUGAGAAAUUUGUUGGAUGUUGGAAAGAGAAGCGCUCCAAUGGCCGCCGAUUACGGAAACCAAUUCCAGAUGUACAACCGCUUGAUUGAUGCCGGAAAGAAGAAGAGAUCCUCAAUGAUCUCUCCAUCCUAUCAAUUCGAAGAUGCUCUCGGACUAUCUGACGCUUUGGAGCGAGCUGGACGUCGUUAG